AUGUCGCAGACUUUAGUCUUUCUCAGCCUCGCUUUGGCGGCGACGACUGCCGUGGCCCAAAAGGCCAGCACCACGUCCAGCGCGCCCGCCACGACCCAUACCGUUGCUGUUGGUGCCAGAACACAGAACGGCUUCAAGUUUGAACCAGACAAUGUCAAGGCCUCCGUUGGCGAUAUCAUUGAAUUCAACUUUUACCCGGGCGGCCACUCGGUAGUCCGCGCUGAUUACAAGAGACCUUGUAUUCCUUGGGAACUCUCGGGCGUGAAUAGGCAACCGGGCUUCUUUUCAGGCUUCCAGAAUCCGCAUGUCUAUUCCGGAGAUGGCCCCAAGUUCCGCGUCCGGGUGAAUGACACGGAUCCCAUCUUCUACUACUGCUCGGCUCCUGGCUCGUGUUUCGAGCAAAAUAUGGUUGGAGUCAUCAAUGAGGUGGGCCUUUUCUUCCCUUCUGGUGCUUGUAAAGACAAGGCAGCUAAUGAAGCCAUGCAGAGAGAGAAUGCGACGCUCAAGGUCCAGAAAGAGUUUGCCGCCAAUGCCACCUUCCAGCUCAAUCCAGGCGAGCCGCUUCCGUCCGAAACUUCGAGCACCAAGCCGGCCCAGUCAUCCAGUCCUCCUGCCUCGGGUUCGGACUCAUCCUCGCACGGCUCGUCGCUCAGCGCCGGCGCCAUCGCCGGCAUCGCCAUUGGCGGGGCCGCCGUGCUCCUCCUGGCCGGCGCUCUGCUGUACCUAUGCGGCAGGAGGGAACGGCUGGACAGCCUCAUGCACAGGCGUGACAGGAACUCGUACGCCGUGCCCCCUACGACGACGGAGAACAAGUACGACCCGAGGAGCCCCGGCCAGGAGACCUUCAAUUCCCACUCGCCCUACUCGGUCCGCGACCCGUAUGGACCGGGACCGCACAGCCCGCCGAUGCAUUCGCACUACACCGGCACUCCGCCGCCGCCCAUGAGCCCCGGACACUCGCCGUACAACACGCACCAGGGCAUGGCCCCCCCGCCGCCCAUGUCAGGCGGGCAGCCCGGUCACGGAGGCUACUACCCGACACAGUCACCGCCGCCACCGCCCGUGGAGCUGGCUGCCUCGUCGGACCCGGGCAACUCGCCGCUCCCCAGCUACAGAAACGAGAGGGCGCUGUCAUGGGGCCAAGGGCCGGAAGUUGCGUUCCGGCCGGGGGCGAAAUAA